GGGCCGGAAGUGACACACACACUCGCGCGCCGCUGUAUUGUCGAUAAACUGAUCAGAAGUCUUCAUUUUGUGUGUGUUUUCGCUGUUUAUCGAUCAUCAGUGCUGAAGGGACGCGUGUAUUUGCUCCUCCAUGGCUCCUACCAUACAGACGCAGGCGCAGCGGGAGGACGGACACCGGAGUUCAGCACACAGGACUGUUCCAGAGAGGUCUGGUGUGGUGUGCAGAGUCAAGUAUGGAAACAGUCUACCGGACAUCCCGUUUGACCCCAAGUUCAUCACCUAUCCAUUUGACCAGCACAGGUUUGUGCAGUAUAAAGCCACAUCUCUGGAGAAACAGCACAAGCAUGAGCUGCUGACUGAGCCGGAUCUGGGCGUCACCAUCGACCUCAUCAACCCUGACACAUACCGCAUCGACCCCAACAUUCUGCUGGAUCCUGCUGACGAGAAGCUACUGGAGGAGGAGAUCCAGGCUCCGUCCAGCUCAAAGAGGUCGCAGCAGCAUGCGAAGGUAGUGCCGUGGAUGAGGAAGACUGAGUACAUCUCCACUGAGUUCAACAGAUACGGCGUAUCCAACGAGAAGGUGGAAGUCAAGAUCGGUGUGUCUGUGAAGCAGCAGUUCACAGAGGAGGAGAUCUAUAAAGACAGAGACAGUCAGAUCGCUGCCAUCGAGAAGACCUUCGAAGAUGCUCAGAAAUCAAUUUCUCAGCAUUACAGCAAACCCAGAGUCACACCGGUGGAGGUGCUGCCUGUCUUCCCUGACUUCAAGAUGUGGAUUAAUCCGUGUGCUCAAGUCAUCUUUGACUCUGAUCCAGCUCCUAAAGAUGUGUCUGCACCGGCAGGAGUGGACAUGAUGUCACAGGCCAUGAUCAGAGGUAUGAUGGACGAGGAAGGGAAUCAGUUUGUGGCGUAUUUCCUGCCUAAUGAAGACACAAUGCGCAAACGCAAGAGAGACGUGGAGGAGGAGCUGGACUACAUGCCUGAGGAAAUGUAUGAAUAUAAGAUUGCUCGUGAGUAUAACUGGAACGUGAAGAACAAGGCCAGUAAAGGAUACGAGGAGAACUACUUCUUCAUCUUCAGAGACGCAGACGGAGUUUAUUAUAAUGAGCUGGAGACCAGGGUGCGUCUGAGCAAGCGUCGGGCGAAGGUUGGAGCUCAGUCAUCCACAAACGCAGUGCUGGUGUGUAAACACAGAGAUAUGAAUGAGAAGGAGCUGGAGGCUCAGGAGGCUCGCAAGGCUCAGCUGGAGAACCACGAGCCGGAGGAUGAAGAGGAGGAGCUGGACCUGGAGAAGGACAUGCAGGAGGACUCAGGCGAGGAGCGUGAGAAGCCCAGCGACUCUGAAAACUCUGAGAGUGAGUCUGAGCGUGAGGAGGAGGAGGAGCGUCCUGCUGAUGAAGAUGAGGAAGAGGAAGAGGAUGAGGAGAGCGUUAAGCGGCGGCGUGAGAGGAAGAGCAGCGGCAGCGAGAGCGGAGAUGAUCGGCAGGCCCGUGACGAGGAGGAGAUCUUCGGCAGUGAUGACGACAGCGAAGAAGAGGAGGAGGAAGAAGAGGAGGGUGGAGCCAGGAGGCGGAGCAACAGCAGCAGCGUCCAGCAGAGCGCCAGUGAGCGCGCAUCCGACUCCAGUGACGCCAGCGACUCCGACUGAACACAACACUGCUGACCCCAGAGCAGUUCUGUGUUGCUUCUUCAGGGGGACAGUUCACCCUAAAAAUCAUUUUGACCCAUUUAUGAGUUUCUUUCUUCUGUUGAACACAAAAGAAGAUAUUUUGAAGAAUGUUUAUGAACCUGUGACCAUUGAGUGCUUUUCUUACUAUGUAAAUCAGUGGUUACCGAUUUUCAGCUGUCUUCACAAUAUCUUUUGUGAUCAACAGAAGAAAAUGAAGUGAACGAUGAGUAAAUACUGAUUGAAUUUUUGGUGAACUAUGCCUUUAACUCUCUUAUUUAAAGGGAUAGUUCACCCCAAAAAAUGACAUUGACUCAUUUACUUGAAGUGGUUUAAUAAUGUUUUUGUUCUGUUAAACAGAAAUUAAGUUAUUUCAAAGAAUGCUGGAAACCGGUAACUAUUGACUUGCCUUAUAGGAAAAACAAAUACUAUGGAGGUCAAUGGUUACCUGUUUCCAGCAUUCUUCAGAAUAUCUUCUUUUGUGUUCAACAGAAGAAAGAAACUCCUAAAGGUUUGUGACAGGUGUAUUAUAAGUAAAUAAUGACAGAAUAAAUUCUCUUUAACUGAAAAUAAGAUAUUAUUUAGAGAAUUCUGUAAACCGGUAACCAUUGACUUCCAUAGUAGGAAAAUCAAAUACAAUAGAAGUCAAUGGUUACAGGUUUACAGCAUUUUAAAAUCUUUAACAGAAGAGUUUACUCUCCCUCAGUGGUUUCAAACAAAGUUUUAUUUCUGUUGUACACUGAAGAAGAUAAUUGGAAGCAUGCUGGAACCCUCUAACAUUGACUUCCAUAGUAGGAAAAACAAAUACUAUGACAGUCAAUGGUUACCGGUUUCCAGCAUUGUUUAAAAUGUUCAUUUGUGUUAGACAGAAGAAAGCAACUCAAGCUGGUUUUUGACAAGUGAAGUAUAUAUAAGUAAAUAAUGACUAAACUUUCAUUUUUAGUGAACUAUCCCUUCAACACUCUCGUUUAUAGGACAGUUUAAAAUAUAUCUAAAUGUACUCUCCCUUGAUGAGUUUCUUUUUUUCAGUUGAACACUGUAGAAAGCUGAAACUGGUAACCAUUGACUUCCAUAAUAUGUGUUUUACCUGCUAUGAAAGUCAAUGGUUACCGGUUUCAAACAUUCUUCAAAAUAUCUUCUUUUGUGUUCAACAGAAUGAAGAAACUCCUGAAGGGUGUGAAUCCACAUAAGGGAAAGUGAACAGUGAGUAAAUGUUGUUAUUGUGUGAACUGCCCCUUCAGCCGUCAGUGUUUCAGUGCUGGACGAGUGUGAACGUUGAGCUGGAUGGAUCAGCCCUUCUGCUGGAGUUUGAGAUUUUUCAUUUGCUGUUUGAUCUUCUUGUUUUAUUUGAUUAUGGACGGAGCCCGAGCGAGUGAAAUGCUUAUUAGUGAGCGUCUCUUUGUCGUUGUUGCUCUCAGUACAGUGUAAACAUUGUAAAUAAACUGAUUUUGUUA